GGUUGAUAUUUCAAUGGAUUAUGAUUUAAGUGAAAGGGGGAUAAAGCUCCUCCAAAGCCACUGAUAUGGUAACUAUGAACUCCGAAAAGGCUGCUGCUAAGCGAAAGCCAGAGGCUAAUAACAGCGGAUGUGCCACGGCCAACACUCAUGAAGAGUCAAUCCCAAUUGCUGCUCAGACUACUACAGCCGGCUCAGAAGAAUCACCCAAUCAUUUAUUAUACAAAAAAAUGGAAAAAAUCGUUGAAAAAAUGCAAGAUGAGACGACCGGCGUGCCAGUUAGGACAGUGAAGAGCUUCAUGUCGAAAAUCCCUUCGGUCUUCACUGGGUCUGAUUUAAUAAUGUGGAUGAUGAAAAAUUUGGAUGUGGAGGAUCAGCAAGAAGCUCUUCAUCUGGCUCACUUAAUGGCUGCCCACGGCUAUUUUUUCCCCAUCGAUGAUCACAUGUUGACUGUCAAAAACGACAAUACCUUCUAUCGAUUCCAAACACCCUACUUUUGGCCGUCGAAUUGUUGGGAACCAGAGAAUACAGACUAUGCUGUUUAUUUAUGCAAGCGUACAAUGCAGAAUAAAACGCGCUUGGAAUUGGCAGAUUACGAGGCUGAGAAUUUAGCGAGAUUGCAGAAAAUGUUUUCGAGAAAAUGGGAGUUCAUUUUUAUGCAGGCGGAAGCACAAAGCAAAGUCGACAAGAAACGCGACAAGCUCGAAAGAAAAGUUCUUGACAGUCAAGAAAGGGCUUUUUGGGAUGUUCACAGACCAAUGCCUGGAUGUGUGAAUACAACGGAAAUCGAUAUUAAAAAAGCUUGCCAAAUGAACAAACCGAUACAUGGAGUGAAAAUCCCGCCAAAGAUGUCUCCAUCAACAUCAGGGAACGUGAGUGCGAAAAUUACAACAUUCGACACCGUGAAAAAGCAAGUGAACCUUCUGAGAUCGAAAUUGGACAGACGAAACAUCAAGGUUUCCAAGGCAGCCGAGUCUUUUGUAGCUUACUACGAGCAGUAUUUGGAGUACGACAGCUUUUUCGUCGCGCCCGAGUAUCCGAAUCCGUGGAUAUCCGACAAUCCGGAGAUGUGGGAGCAGGAGAAAAUCGCCAAGGACAUAUCAGCGCGCCGCGUAAAACGGUGGGCGUUCAGCUUGCAAGAGCUGCUGCAGGACCCGAUCGGGCGCGACCAUUUCGUGCGAUUUCUGGACAGGGAGUUCAGCGGCGAGAACCUCAAGUUCUGGGAGGCCGUGCAGGAUUUGAAAGCCCUGCCGCAAAGCCAAGUGCAGAACAAAGUGACGGACAUUUGGGCGGAAUUUCUCGCCUCGGAUGCCAGUUGCCCGAUAAACGUCGACGCGCGCUCCUACGAAGUUACCAAGAAGAACAUGGAGGUUCCCGACAGAUGGAGCUUCGAUUGCGCGGCGGCGCACGUUUACCAUCUUAUGAAGGCUGACAGCUACUCUAGAUACCUGAGAUCCGAAAUGUACAAGGAGUUUUUGAAUGGAUCCAAGAAAAAGACCUCAGUUAAAGGGAUUCGUUCAAUAGUUUCAUUCUCAGCACGUAAAGACAACAUAACCUAGAUAAAAUGCGUUUAGGCAAUAUAAAAAAUGUAUUAUAAUUGUGACUUACCUAAAGAUAAAAAUCUAUCGACAAUACAAGUACUGUCAUUGGCAGAUAUUUAUUUAUUUUUUCAUAUUUUUGGAUGAAAGGAUAUUGCGUCAUACUCAUACUAUGACGAAACUUGAUGAGAUACUCUUUGUUAGUUUUGGUAAUAGUGACUCAGAUAUUAUUAGAUCAUAAAUGUGUAACAUUCUCGAGAUGUAAAUAAAUAUGUGUUAAUAGGGAACAUUUUUUGUUAUGUUUUAAAUUUUGAACAUUGUGAUAAAAAGCACAACUUGAAGUUUAAAAGUUACUGUGUCAUACCUACUGUGUCACUGUCACCCAAAAUUACUUUACAUCUUUGAAUAAUACUCAUCAGUGUGCAGUGUUGGAUUUAAAUUACAAGUAUAUUAUAAGGAGACACUGCCAUUUAACAUUUAACAAUUUAUGUCUACCAUACACAACUAUGCUUCACACCGAAAAGGCCACUUUGCCGUUUAAAUAAGGAACGCAGCCCCAUUAUUGAGGUUACGUAUCUGUUAGUUGAACGUUAAUUUCGUCCCUAUUUUGCCGAAAAUUCCUUGACCACUGCGUCCCCAUUCAAAUGUCAAAGUUACCUUUUUAUUGUGGAGCAUAUUACAUACAACAAAACGCGCCAAUUAUUGUACCGUUACAUAUUUUUUCAUAGGCAUAAUGAAAAUUGUGUAAAAUGUCAAGCAUAUCUUCACGAAUUAAAUUUAGAAUUAUCCUUCGUAAAGAGAAAUCAUGUAAUAUUUUAGUAAAUUUACAAAAGACAGAUCAAUAGACAACAAGCGGCACAUUUUAGAAUUCACCUUUUAUUUAUUGUAUUCCAUUAUAGAACCAAUUUGCAAAUGUUCAUUAGAGCUUGUAGUAUAUUGAUUGUAGAUUAAACAAUUUGCCAAAAAAAAUAUUUUUCCCAGUGUGAAUAGUUAUAAAAUCAUGUAACAGAAAAAACUAUUCCCACAAUGUUAUGGUGUACAAAAAGCUUGAGGUUCGUUAUUAAGUUAUAAAGGAAUUGAAUCAUAUUUCAUUAGUUUAUGUCCAUACAUAGAGAAUUUAUCCCAUUAAAAAAACAAUAAACUGUAAAAUAU